AUGCGAUCAACCGAGUUAUCGCCAAGAUUUCAAUUGGCAUUCCGGAGAUGCUUAUUCUACACAUUCGCACUCGUAAUAUGGUUGUUCUUGGGAAUGAUUCUCUUCCCAACAGUGGCAACUGUAAAUAAACGAGUAGAUGACAACGAAGCAAGUUUAUUCCGUCUCGACGCAAAACGAUCAGAUUUGUUAAAUGUCCUUUGGGCAGAGACCAUUACAAAUGGAGAAGAUGACUGGUCGGAAUUGGCGGAUCAAAAACUAGAACUAUACGAAAAGGCUUUACUUCAACACUAUGGAAUAGAUCUUGAUAAAAAUGAUAAAACGUUUGCUGCGGGACUUCAAAAAUCAUUUGCAAUUUCAACAACCAUUGGACCGUUGGAUAUUGAUGAUUUCACUACUGUUGGAAAAUUCAUUGCGGUGCUUUAUGCCUUAAUCGGAACCCCUUUAUUUCUGACCGUAAUUGGUCAACUAGGUAAGAUGGUUACCUCACUUUGGCAGGGGUCCACGCUAUGGCUCGUCACAGUUAUCUAUAUUUUCAUCUCGGCAAUUAUUUAUGACAUUGUAGAAGGAGGAACAGAUGAUGUGCCUUUCAUUGAAGCGAUUUUCUCGAUUUUCCUUCAAUUUACAACUGUUGGAGAGGUUGACAACGAAUUCCAUGGAGUCUUGCCGUAUUGCAUCGUUGUUCUCGGACUUGCUCUUAUCACUGCCCUCUACCAGGAAAUGCAACAAAAGAUCGAACGCUUCAUUCAUCCGUUUGAGUUCUCUUUCAAUAAAUUUUGUGGAACAAUUGAAAGAUGGAUUGGUGAGAAGGAAGAAAAGAAAAUGUCAAUAACAAAUAGGAUAGAAGAAGAGAACGAGGAAGAGCUCAGCGAUUAUGACGACUGA